AAAAUCUGGUGUAACAGAUCAUUAUGCUUUGGAUGACAGUCAUGCACUUCAUCUAGCAAGGAAAGCUGUAAGAAGUUUAAAUCGCCAAAAGAAAGUAGAUAUGACCAUAGAACCAUCAGAAGAGCCUUUAAAAGAAAUAUAUGGAAUAGUUGGCGACCAGCUAAAAAGAAACUUUGAUGUCAAAGAGGUCAUUGCUAGAAUUGUAGACGGAAGUAAAUUUGAUGAAUUCAAAGCCUUGUAUGGGGAUACUUUAAUUACAGGAUUUGCAAGAAUAUUUGGUUAUCCAGUAGGAAUUAUUGGAAACAAUGGAGUUCUUUUCUCAGAGUCAGCAAAAAAGGGUACGCAUUUUAUCCAGUUGUGUUGCCAGAGAAAUAUUCCCAUUGUGUUUUUGCAGAAUAUUACAGGUUUCAUGGUUGGUAGAGAAUAUGAAGCUGGAGGGAUAGCAAAAGAUGGUGCCAAGAUGGUAACUGCUGUAGCUUGUGCCAGUGUACCUAAAAUAACAGUGAUUAUUGGUGGUUCUUAUGGAGCUGGAAACUAUGGGAUGUGUGGAAGAGCAUAUAGUCCAAGAUUUCUUUAUGUGUGGCCAAAUGCUCGCAUAUCAGUGAUGGGAGGGGAACAAGCUGCAACUGUUCUAGCUACAAUAGCUAAGGACCAAAAAGCAAGGGAGGGAAAACAGUUAUCUGAGGCAGAUGAAGCAGCUUUGAAGGAGCCAAUCAUUAGGAGGUUCGAGGAGGAAGGAAACCCUUAUUAUUCCAGUGCAAG